AUGGUGGAAAAUCGAUCCCUCGGACUCGUUCUCUGCAGCCUUUUGCCAUUCCUCGAUCGCCUUGAGAAUUUGCUCGUUGGACCGGUGUUCAUAAAUCUGGGCCGCAAAUCAGGUCUUGCCAAUUGGGACAGUCCGGAAGUCAUACCGAAGUUAGAAUCGCCGCCCUUAAGGGCCCAGAAGAGGCCGGGAUAUCCGGAAAAAUACUCGCCAUGUAACAAGACGGUAUCUGAUUUACAAGACAGAGACCUGCUGGCGUUGCAAUCUCGCAUUGAGUUCCUGCUCAAGAAUUUUGCCGAUGGCUGCUCUAGUCCCCAUGCGCCAACCUUUACCUGGAUUCAAACUGGCCAUGGCCUCGUCAACGUUCCGUCCAAGGCUGUUUCUAAGUUCGCCCAGUUCUACUCGUGUCUGCCACUGUUUGCCAACGAGCCCAGCUGGCGACUGAAAUCCUCCUUGGUCGUGGGCUUUCCGUGGAUCCCACGACUUGCUGCCAGGAGACUCGAUAUCUUCCCUCGCACUAACAUGCAAGAGGACAAAUACCUGCAGUAUCUCCCUCAGACAUGGACCAUGUGCAACAGUCUACAUGAAGGAGCCCUCGAGCCGGAUCUCAUGUGGGAGAUGAUGAUCAUCGCCAUGCUCAAUUACCAGGCCGAUGAAUUCCUCGAGGCUGUGGUGGACGAACACAUGAUGGACCAGCUCGACGCCGUCCGUGCCCUUGUUGAGCGGCUGUGCGCUGACGCUAAUGGCGAGUCCCUCUUCUCCGACGUCGAUGGCAAUGGCAAUGGCAAUGGCGAAACUACACCCAAAUCCAACGGAAUCUACGAAAAGCCCGUCUCGCUCAAUGGAGACGUGCCUGGCAUGGACUACGGAGAACCAGUCCUCCGUCGCUUCAUCACCUACAUCCUAACCCAUCCCGCUGCCAUCCAUUCUCCCCCUUCUGUCCAGCGCACUCUACGCCGCGAGCUCAAAGACUUCAUCCUAGCACAUAUCACGCACGCCGAAGAUAACGCCCGGUUCCUCUCCCAGAGCAUCGCGGCAGAUCGCACGACACAAUUUGCCACGCCGUGCUCCUACUACUACUCCUGGCUGCUUGAUCGCCAAAUCCGGUGGGCCGGCAUUCAAGGGAGCCCGCCAGAGAGGUAUCUGGCAGAGGACAUGUGCAGGCAUUUGGCUACCAUGUGCCGACAGUACAAUGACUAUGGGAGCAUUGUUCGGGAUCGAGCGGAGAAGAAUCUGAACAGCGUCAUUUUUCCUGAGUUUUGUGAAGAGGGUGCGGAGAAGAAGGCGGGCGCGAAUCUGAAGACGGUUGCACGGGUUGAACAGAAACUCAAGGACAAUUUGAUGUGGGUUGCGGAAUAUGAACGGGAAUGCUGCGUGACAGCGCUCGGCCGACUCGAGAAUGAGACAAGGCUGGAUACGCGGACGAAGAGAAUACCCAGAAUGUUUGUUGAUGUGGUUGACUCGUAUGGACAGAUCUAUGUGGCACGGGAUAUUGCCAGUCGGAUGAGAUAGACUAGAUGUUUUGUUAUAACUUGUCAGAGAUCAACAGCU